AUGAGUCCUAAUGGUGGAAUUGAAGAAAAUGGGGUCAUGUUCAUAGAAAAUGUAGGUGAUGUGAAGGUGUUACAACAGCACAGUGGUCCACCUUCUCGCACGCAUACUCUUCCAAACCUGACACGCAGAUACUCAACAGCUCAGCUGUGCUCACUACACCCACGUCUGCUCCCAGCAGAAAUGACAAAGCAGAAUGAUCACCUCAUUAACCUUCAUUCUGUUCAUUUCCUUGCAGAUAACUUCUCCACAUCACCCACUUCAAGCCCUGCAGCAAGCACUGUCACUCCAACAAUUGCUUCCACAACAAUAGCCUCUUCUGAACCACCUACAACUACUCCAAAGCCACUCUGUUCUGAUGAUGAAUAUAAAAGUAUCACUGUGAAAUACUCAUAUAGGAGUGAAAACCAUAUUUUUACUGCCCAACUACAGUUUCCUGAUACAUUGAAUCAUAAAAACCUAACUUGUGAACCAAAUCCUUGUGAAAACUAUAUGAUCUCAAACCUAACAGAAUGUAAAAAUUACAUCAUUAAUAUAACAAAUGAACGUUGUUAUUAUAACUUGACAUUAGAUGUACCACCAGAUAACUCUUCAAAACCUCUACAAGAGUUAAAAGAGAAUAUGACUGAAUUCACUGUUGAUCCAAACACAAACUAUACUUGUAGUUCAGAAAUACACUAUAAUAACCGCAAAUUUGCCACAAAAACUUUAAAUGUUAAAACAGAUGUUGGAGCUCCAGAAAUCCCUCCGAAUCUUACUUGUAUUAGCAGCAACUUGAGUGCAACAAGUAAUGUGAUUCAGUGGACAAUCCCGAAAAGUCCUCAUGGUUUUGUAAUUUCUAUAAAUCCUACAGUAUUUGCCUACAAUGUCGGAAGAGUGCAACGCAAUGGAACUGCUAGCAUGUGCUAUUUUCAAACAAAUGCCUCAAAUAAUAAUAUGGAGGUGCGUUGUGAACAUCCUGAUAAACUUAAUGGCCCUGAAGGAGAAUACCUAUUGGUUGUCAAAGAAGGAGGAGAACAAGUGAAAAUUGAGUCAGAGAAAAAAUGCCAGUUCUCAGUAAAAAACCUUCGGUAUUCUACAAGUUAUAGUUUUGAGGUCUCUUAUAACAAUACAGUAUUUGUUGGACCUGCCGAGAUUAAAACUGCAAGAACAAAUUACAAUUCUAAAGCACUGAUUACAUUCCUGGUAUUUCUGAUUGUUGUAACAUCAAUAGCCCUCCUUAUUGUCCUCUAUAAAAUCUAUGAUCUAAAGAAGAAAAGGUCCAGUGAUUUAGAUGAAACAUUUGUUCUUGUUGAAAGGGAUGAUGAAAAACAACUGAUGAUUGUGGAGCCAAUUCAUUCAGAUGUCUUGUUGGAAACGUACAAGAGGAAGAUUGCAGAUGAAGGAAGACUUUUCCUGGCUGAAUUUCAGAGCAUCCCACGGGUGUUCAGCAAGUCUCCAAGCAAGGAUGCUCGAAAGCCCUUUAACCAGAAUAAAAACCGUUAUGUUGAUAUCCUUCCAUAUGAUUAUAACCGGGUUGAACUCUCUGAUAUUAAUGGAGAUGCAGGGUCAACCUAUAUAAAUGCCAGCUAUAUUGAUGGUUUCAAGGAACCAAGAAAGUACAUUGCUGCACAAGGUCCCAGGGAUGAAACUGUUGAUGAUUUUUGGAGGAUGAUCUGGGAACAGAAAGCUACAAUUAUUGUCAUGGUCACUAGAUGUGAAGAAGGAAACAGGAAUAAGUGUGCAGAAUACUGGCCAUCUAUGGAAGAGGAAACCCGGACUUUUGGAGAUAUCAUCGUCAAGAUCCAUGAGCACAAACGAUGCCCAGAUUAUAUCAUUCAGAAAUUGAACAUUACAAAUAAAAAAGAAAAAACAAAUGGAAGAGAGGUAACACACAUUCAGUUCACCAGCUGGCCAGACCACGGAGUGCCGGAUGAUCCUCAUCUGCUCCUUAAACUGCGCAGGCGAGUCAAUGCUUUCAGCAACUUCUUCAGUGGCCCCAUUGUGGUGCAUUGCAGUGCUGGUGUUGGACGCACAGGGACCUACAUUGGAAUCGAUGCCAUGCUAGAAGGACUAGAGGCAGAGAACAAAGUGGAUGUUUAUGGCUAUGUGGUCAAACUAAGGCGGCAGAGAUGUCUCAUGGUUCAAGUCGAGGCACAGUACAUCUUGAUCCAUCAGGCAUUGGUGGAAUACAAUCAGUUUGGGGAAACAGAAGUGAAUUUGUCUGAAUUGCAUCCAUAUCUACAUAACAUGAAGAAAAGAGACCCUCCCAGUGAGCCAUCUCCUCUGGAGGCUGAAUUUCAGAGACUUCCCUCAUAUAGGAACUGGAGGACACAGAACAUUGGGAAUCAAGAAGAAAACAAAAGUAAAAACAGGAAUUCUUAUACCAUUCCAUAUGAUUUUAACAGAGUGCCACUUAAGCAUGAACUGGAACUGAGCAAAGAGAGUGAAAAUGAUUCAGAUGAAUCUUCUGAUGAUGAAAGUGACUCUGAGGAAGCCAGCAAGUACAUUAAUGCAUCUUUUAUAAUGAGUUACUGGAAGCCAGAAAUGAUGAUUGCUACUCAGGGACCUCUAAAAGACACCAUUGGUGACUUUUGGGAGAUGAUAUUCCAAAGAAAGGUCAAAGUUAUUGCUAUGCUGACAGAACUGAAGAAUGGAGACCAGGAAUACUGUGCUCAGUACUGGGAAGAAGGAAAACAAAAAUAUGGAGAUAUAGAAAUUAAUAUAAAAGACACAAGCAAAUAUUCAACAUAUAUCAUCCGUACAUUUGAACUGACACAUUCUAAGAGGAAAGAUUGCCGGACUGUCUACCAGUACCAGUAUAAUAACUGGAGUGUAGAAGAACUUCCUAAAGAACCCAAAGAAUUAAUAUCUAUGAUUCAGAAUAUCAAGGAGAAACUUCCCAAGAAGAAUUCCACUGAAGGGAUGAAGAGUCAUAAAAAUGUGCCUCUCCUUAUUCAUUGCAGAGAUGGAUCUCAGCAAACAGGAGUAUUUUGUGCUUUGUUUAAUCUCUUGGAUAGUGCAGAAACAGAAGAAGUAAUAGAUGUUUUUCAAGUAGUAAAAUCUCUUCGCAAAGCAAGGCCAGGAAUGAUUUCCUCAUUUGAGCAAUACCAAUUCCUCUAUGAUGUGAUGGCUAGUCUCUAUCCUGCCCAGAACGGACAAGUAAAGAAAAACAACAAUGAAGAAGAUAAAAUUGAAUUUGAUAAUGAAGUGAACAAAUCACAACAGGAUGCUAAUUGCGUCAGUCCACUUACUUUGCCUGAGAAGGCACCUGAAAAUAAAGAGGAUGAAGCUUCCAAAUCCACAGAUGGUACCAAGGGACAAGAACAUUCUGCUAAUGGUCCAGCAAGUCCAGCUUUAACUCAGAAUGCAUAGAAAGAGACAUAAAUAGGAAAGUCAAAAAAAAAACUUAUGGUAACUGUUACUCUUAAUUUUUUUCUAGCAGCAGAAGACAAAAUUGACAAACUUGAAUGAAGACACUGGACUAAUAACUGCAGAAAAUUUUUACAU